AUGGAUGGCGGUCGGACGUACAAGAUGCCGCCCAGCGCCUUCCUCGCCGUGAACGCCACAGGUCCGUGGAUCCGCCGGUGCUGCGUGGUCGAGUACGACGGCACCGACUUCUGCGGCUCUCAGGCACAGGAUCAGCCGAGCUCGAUACGGACCGUCCAAGAAGUCGUCGAGGACGCCCUACGUCGGACCACGGGCGAGACGGCGCUCACGCGACUGCGCUUUGCCUCGCGCACCGACGCGGGUGUGCACGCGCGGGGACAGGUCCUCGUGCUCGUCAGUCGGUGCACCGCGUCGGAUCGCGUCUUCCGCGACGCACUGAACAACCGCCUGCCCCAAGACGUCGUGUGUCGCAGCGUGACCACGUUGACCGAGGCCCAAGUCGGGUUCGACCCGUGCUGCGAUGCGACGCGCAAGCGCUACGAAUACGAAGUAAUUGCGGGCGGACUGCGGCCGAUAAUGGCCCGUCGUCGUGUGUGGCACGUGCGCAAGUCGCUGAAUGUGGCUGCAAUGCGGGCGGCGGUGGCUUACUUGAUGGCGCCGCCCUCGACGAAAGACUUUUCGUCGUUUACGACGCAGAAGGCGGUGGAUGGAGAGCCCGGCAACGUCUGCACACUCUCGACCAUUGAGCUCCAUGUUGAAGCCGAAGACGGAGGCCGAGGCGAUGCACAGGCCCAAGCGGAUGUGGCCACGAGGAUUCGACUGGUCUUUGAGGGCAACCGGUUCAGGUACAAGAUGGUGCGUAAUCUAGUGGGCACGCUUGUCGACGUGGGGUCCGGCAGACUCAACCCGGACGACAUUCCAGCGAUAGUGGCAGCGAAGCGUCGGGUGGCAGCAGGCCAGGGCGCGCCGCCGCAAGGCCUUACACUCGUGUGGGUCAAGUACGACUAG